UUAGCAUGAAUACUUUGUGUUGUGUAUUGAGCGAGCGACAAGGAGAGAAGAAGUUUAUUACAAGAGAGUGUAAGAAGUAAUGAAUUAUCAAGAAAGGUCGCUUACGCGAUAGGUCACGUCUGUAUAAAGUUCAGGUUUACGUUCCGUCCACAACACUUUGAAUUCAACGAGCUCUUCUACAAAAUAAACAUGUAACACCUAAAUCCAGCUGUCUAACUCAAUGGAAGCAUCUUGUCAAGCAAUGUUUCAUUUUGAUUGCAAUUUUAGUGUUCUCCGCACCAGUUGCAUAUUCAUUGUCAGAGUUAAUAAUGAUAGCUCGUCAUAAAAGUCCGACAGUUUCAAAUUUGAUAAAAAUAGUUAUUCUAUCAUCGAAAAAAUCAAGAACUAUGAUCAAAACAAAAUCUUCUACUGCGACAAAACUUGUGGGUCUACCUCCACUUUUUGAUGUUCCGAGCAGCAAUGAAACCAUUUCACCUCCUGCUGCAUUAUGUGGCAAACGAAUUGUGGGUUACUUUGCAGAAUUUGAGAAUUCUGUUCUAACAAGAAAACAACUUCAAAACAACUAAAGCCAGCUCUACUCUACUUUGAAAGUGAUGAUCAGUAUAGGCGGAUAAUUAAAUUCUCGUUCGUUUUCGGCAAUAAUGUCUAACGAAACAUCACGUAACGUGUUCGUAAAGUCCAUUGUCUCGUUUGUCCAAAAUUACGAUAUAGAUGGAAUCGAAAUAUUUUGGACAUGGCCCAAAUACAAGGAUGUGAAUAACUAAUAAUAAUAAUAAUAAUAUAAUAUUCAUUCAUGAACUUAGGAACACAUUCACUGAACUUCAAAAAAGGACAAAUAGAAAAAACGAGUACAUAAUUAGUUUGAUUGCUCCAAAAAAGAAAUCGAGGAUCCUUGUUAUUCGAUUUGGAAGAUUUUUUUUUCAGUUUGUUGACUUUUUCAAUAUUUAUUCAACACAAUUUCGAGAAAAACAAGUAGGACCUGAUUCACCAUUGUAUGGAGGAGAAGGUAGAAACAUCGAUGAGACAAUGAAGUAUUAUACUUGUAAAACUGGUCAACCAAGUAAAUUUAAUAUAUUUGUUUCUUUCCACGGAACAUUUUGGAAAGACGCCGAAUUACCAUUACGGAAUGAUUCUGAUGAUAUAUUCAAAGACAAAAACUUGACAAAAGGAGCAUUUGCUGUUCGUUGGAGAGAGCUACUUCAACAGAAAUGGAACCUGGAGGAGAUUAAAUUUCACAAUUUAACGAAAACCUCUUAUAUUUGGAUUCCCGGUCCACCUACCUGGUUUAUGACUUUAGAAGACGAAAAAAGUUUGAGAGAAAAAUGUUGCUGAUCAUAAUAUUGGAGGAAUAACCAUGUGGACAAUUGAUCAGGAUGAUGAUGAUCACACUCUUUUGAAAGUUGUAUCUUCUGCUGAAUUAUGCACUGGAGAUGAGAAGAAUAAGAUUAAAUACAAGUGUGAUUGACCGAAUUAAUCAAUUUUAAGUCAAACACAGAUCCCCAACUAGGGAAUGAUAAAACUUCUAUUAAUUAUUUGGCUCACUAGUAAAACAACAUUAUCGGUUGAAUACAUAAAUCCUGACCGUGUGUUGCUGCUGAUUGUUUUUAUUUAGUUCUGUUAUUAAUCAGAUAAGAUACUUGAUUCCUCUUCCUCAGUUUUAUUUUUCUUAUUUGACGUUCUUCCUUUAUAACAUCACCUUUCAGAAACUUGAUGUCAUCUAAAGUUUCUUUUUUUUUAGUAUGAAUGUUUUGAAUUCAACAAGUCCUCUUCUACAAAAUCGAAAUAUAACACCUAAAACCAGCUGCCUAACUCAAUGGAAGCAUCUUGUCAAGCCAUGUUUCAUUUUGAUUGCAAUUUUAGUGUUCUCCGCACCAGUUGCAUAUUCAUUGUCAGAGUUAAUAAUGAUAGCUCGUCAUAAAAGUCCGACAGUUUCAAAUUUGAUAAAAAUAGUUAUUCUAUCAUCGAAAAAAUCAAGAACUAUGAUCAAAACAAAAUCUUCUACUGCGACAAAAUAUGUUGGUCUACCUCCACUUUUGGAUGCCCCGAACAGCAAUGAAGCCCUUUCUCCUCCAGCUGCAUUAUGUGGCAAACGAAUCGUGGGUUACUUUGCAGAAUUUGAGAAUUCUGGUCUAACAAGAAAACAACUUCAAAUGCUAACACACAUUAUUUACCUGUUUGCUAUUCCAAGGAAUGGAGUUAUAACUAUUGUCGAUGACCGAUCUCUUAGAAAGUUCGAGGAAAUGAAAAGUAAUGCAAGAGAGGCAAGCUCUACUCUGAAAAUAAUGAUCAGCAUAGGCGGACAUUAUAAUUCUCGUUCAUUUUCGGGAUUGGUGUUUAAUGAAACGUCACGUACCGUGUUCGUCAACUCCAUAGUCUCCUUCGUUGAAAAAUACGAUAUAGAUGGCAUCGAAAUGUUUUGGAUGUGGCCAAGAUACAGAGAUAAAAACAAUUAUUUAAUGUUUAUUCAAGAACUUCGCUACGCAUUCACGGAACUCCAAAAUAAAUUGAAUAGAAAAGAAGAUUUUGUGAUCAGUUUAGUGGCCUCCAGCAAUCUCAACCUAUUAUUCAAUUUGGUGGAAUUCUUGAAUUCUGUCGACUUUUUUGGCAUUUACUUGUUUAAUAGUUAUUCAUAUCAAGUUGGACCAGACUCACCGUUGUACGGAGGAGGAAGUAGAAACGUCGAUGAGAUUAUGAAAUAUUAUAUUUGUAAAACUGGUCAGCCAAGUAAAUUUAAUAUUAUUAUUUCGUUCCACGCAACAUAUUGGGAAGGCACCGAUUUACCAUUACGUGAUGAUUCUGAUAAUAUAUGGAAAGUUAACGAAUCGGGAAGAUUAGCAGUUGCUUUACGUUGGAGAGAACUACCUCAUCAUAAAUGGAACCUGGAGAACAUUAAAUUUCAUAAUCUAACGAAAACUUCGUAUAUUUGGAUUCCUGGUCCACCUACCCGGUUUUUGACUUUAGAAGACGAACAAAGUUUGAGAGAAAAAAACCGUUAUGUUGCUGAUCAUAAUAUUGGAGGAAUAACCAUGUGGACAAUUGAUCAAGAUGAUGAUGAUCACACUCUUUUGAAAGUUGUAUCUUCUGCUGAAUUAUGCACUGGAGAGGAGAAGAAUACGAUUAAAUACAAUUGUCAUUGAGUGAAUUAAUCUUUGUUUAAAAGUCAAACACGGAUCCCCAACUAGGGAAUGAUCAAACCUCGAACAAAUAUUUGGAUCUAUAAUAAAAAUAUAUUGUCAUUCGAAUAAAUCCUCAUUGUGCA